AUGGCGCGACCCACGACCAAGAAGCGCGACCACAGCUCGACCAGUGGCAACAGUGACGACGACCGCAAGCCGCCCGUGAACCGCAUCAAGUCCACGACCAUUGACAAGAAGGGCAAGCGGGUGGAGAAGAAGGCCCCCUCCAACGCCAAGCGCGCCAAGAUAGCCACCAAGCCUAAGCGCGCGCGGAGGAAGGAGUCAUCCCUCUCGGGCUCGGAGGAAGGCGACCCAAGCGAGGACGAGGUGCGAGCUCGUAAGUCGUCCUCCUCUGCGACCAUGAUCGUUGGUGUCAAGGAUGCCCCACAGGGGCUCUUGGACACGGUCAGGCUGUGGAGCAAGUGGGAGACGAAGGCCGCCGGUCGCGCCAUCCGCACCUGGGUCAACCACAACAAUGCGGAGCGGGCGAAUGAGAAGUCCGCGAUCAAGAGCAAGGGCGUCGAGGCCAUCAAGCUGUGGUACCUCCGACUCGGUGAACGGCCUGUCAUUGGUGCCUACCCCGAGCUCGCUGUGCCAGAAGCGGGACGCAGUGGCUGGUUCGUGCCAGGUAAGUCUGACCGUCAAUACGCGAGUGCUCGCUCAUUCGAAACAACAGGCAAAUCACUCGAGCCAGGGUACACCGUCACAAACACCGCCGGGCCCAUCAUUUCGCAAGGUGGCCGUCAAGCCGUUGGAACCAGCGGCAACCAAGGUGAGUGA